AUGGCUCCCAAGAAGAACGCACGAGAAUCCGCCAACGCAGCGCCCGCUGUUGCUGCGCCUGCACUCGCUGAGCCCGCCCCCGUCGUGAAGCCAGCUCCAACCAAGCCCAAGGCGAGCGAAGCCAGCACUCCCUGGGACAAAGUCCUCAUCAACCUCUACAACCACUACAUCGACGAGACCCCGCAGCGCACGAAGCUUCUCGACGUCUUCCUCGUCUUCCUCGCCGCCGUCGGUGCUCUCCAAUUUCUCUACUGUAUCCUAGCCGGCAAUUACCCUUUCAAUGCUUUCCUCUCGGGCUUCGGUGCCACCGUCGGCCAGUUCGUUCUUACCAUCUCAUUGCGCAUCCAAACCACCGAGGCGAACAAAUCAGAGUUCCCCCAGGUCUCGCCUGAAAGGUCCUUUGCCGAUUUCAUCGUCUGCAGCUUGAUUCUACAUUUCUUCUGCAUCAACUUCAUCAACUAA